GGCCCACGUGAACUGGAAGCGGUAAAGAGUGAGGAGCAGAACGUGCAGUGUAGCGGUGCGACUACCAGUCUGGAAGAAGAGUGUUCCCAUGUCAUAGAACCUGGUCCAUAUAAGAGAGAUACAAGAAUAGGCCAUGGCGAUAUUGGAAAUGAAAGCACACCCUCUAUGAAGUCGGAAAAUCCUGACAUAAAAGUGCAGGACUAUAGUGAGGCAACAGGAGCUAGAGAGUUGUCCUCUAGCCAGGAAGUUUUGAAUUUAAUUGCUACUAAGUACAUAAGCAAUUUGAAGCCAUCAUCACAGGAGGAGUUUAAUGAUUUUAUACAGUAUAUGGAACAAGUUCGUCAAGUGGUUGUUGCUGAUAUUAAAACAGGAAGCUUAAUAAUCACAGCAAUUUGUAACUCUCUAGAGAUCUUGGAUGAACUGUGGAUAGCCCAUUGCACAGGUACCCUUAACAAAAUGGCACAGUCUCUAGUAACAGAGGAUGUUCUGAAAACGUUUGGGCUAACCGAGGUGAAACUUAUAACUACCAUCGUGGAAGAAGAGUAUGAAGCUUGUCGAGAGGUGUUUUUAAAAGAAGGUGUAGGUGGGUAUAUUUUAUGGACACUGUCACAUCUUUUCCGUAGGUUAUGA